AUGGCCAUUGAAGAAAAUGAACCUGUUAGGAAGUCUUGGAUGAUGUAUUUUGAUGGAGUUGCUAAUGCUUUCGAUCAUGGUGUUGGGGCAAUUUUAAUAUCUCUCAGUGAACAUUAUUAUCUCAUCACGGCCAGAGAUUCUAAAUUGAUCUCGUAUCAUAAAUACAUAUCUGAGUUGGUCAAGCAAUUUGAAGUAGUUCAAUUUGAGCAUCUGCCUAGAGAGAAAAACCAAAUUGCUGGUGCAUUAGCUGCUCUAGCUACAAUGAUUAAAGUAGAUGCAAAUAUUAAGAUCCAACCCAUCAAGCUAGAUGUGAAAGAUGAAGCAACACAUUACUCAGGUGUCAAAGAAGCGAUUGAUGGGAAACCAUGGUAUCAUGACCUUAUAGAUCAAGUGCUCUUAAGGUGUGUAAGUGCAGCUGAAACGAAGAGGAUUAUUAAAGAAGUGUAUGAUAGAGUUUGUGGGGCACAUAUUUAUGUUGACAAGAUUCACGCCCCUCCAACAGCUUUCCAUGUUUUGGCACUUCCAUGGUUAUUCUCUAUGUGGGGUAUGGAUAUCAUUGGUCCCAUUACUCCAAAAGCUUUGAAUGGGCAUAGAUUCAUCUUUGUGAUGAUUGAUUACUUUAUGAAGUGGGUGGAAGCUAUAUCAUAUGCUAGCGUAACCCGAUUUGUGAACAAAAUGAUGAGUGAAGUGUGCACUCAAUUCAAGAUCCAUCAUCAUAAUUCGACAUCAUAUCAUCCAAAGAUGAAUAAGGCAAUGGAGGCUGCAAACAAGAAUAUCAAAAGAAUUUUAGAAACAAUGACUAAUACUUACAAAGAUUGGUAUGAGAAAUUGCUUUUUGCUUUGUAUGCUUAUAGAACAUCAAUCCAAACAUCUACUGAAGCUACGCUGUUCUCUUUGGUAUAUGGAAUGGAAGCUAUGCUACCAGUCAAAGUGAAAAUUCCCUCACUGAGAGUCCUGAUAGAGGUAGAGUUAGAAGAAGCAGAACGGGUUCAGAAUUGUUAUGAGCAAUUGAACCUCAUUAAAGAGAAAAGAUUUAUAACACUUUGUCGUGGUCAAUCAUAUCAAAAGAGGAUGCUGAGAGCACAUGAUAAGAAAAUCCAUCCCUGUCGCUUUAGUGAAGGAGACUUAGUGCUGAAAAGGAUCUUUCCAAAUCAAUAUGACAAUCGAGAAAAAUGGACACCAAAUCGGAAGGGUUUAUACGUGGUGAAAAAACCUUUUUUGGUAGGGCAUUGA